AUAUCUCACGACACCAUACAGUCCUGCUCAACCAGAUUCUCUUUCUUUCAACGAAAGCAUCAUUGUAGAAGGUGUGGAAGUGUAAUCUGUCAAAGACACAGUUCAAAUUCUCUGCCUUUGUUCCACCCUCAUACUUUCCGUAACACAGGCCAGUGGAGCCGUGUCUGUGACAUGUGCUUUCAAGAU